UCGCUGAGGACGCAAGAGAGGAGGGCUGAAGAGGGAACGGCUGAAGAAUUAAACGACUAGAAAUGCGUUAAAAGUAGCGAAGGCGGGAGAACGGGCAGCGCACAGCCAACACGUGAAUGGAAGGAUUAUAAUCCACCGUUUGGAGGGAUUUUGACGCUCCCCAUGCGGAGAAUUGAACCAUGCAGGGUCUGCUGCUGCUUCUGAGUUUGGCGUUGAGUUUUCACAGAGUGCGGACGGCACGGUUCUCUCAGGAGCCUGCAGACCAGUCAGUGGUGUUGGGCCAGAGGGUGGUCCUGUCCUGCGUGGUCUUCAACUAUUCAGGCAUUGUGCAGUGGACCAAGGAUGGACUGGCCUUGGGCAUUGGAGAAGAUCUGCGGGCCUGGCCGCGGUAUCGUGUGUUAAGGCUGGUGGAUGUUGGGCAGUAUAAUCUGGAGAUCUCGGCUGCGGAACUCUCAGACGACUCUCUCUAUGAGUGCCAGGCCACAGAGGCAGCGCUGCGCUCGCGACGGGCCAAACUCACCGUCCUCAUUCCUCCUGAUGAGCCGGUGAUUGAGGGCUCCCCGGAGAUCCUCCUCACAGCAGGGGUUCCCUACAACAUGAGCUGCGUGUCCCGCGGAGCCAAACCAGCCUCUGUCAUAGAGUGGCAGAAAGACGGCCUGCCUAUAGAAGGGGCUGUCAGCACUACGGAGGUUCUUCCGGACAGGAAACGCGUGACCACACGUAGUUACCUGCCCAUUCAACCACUAGAUACAGACACAGAGAAUUUCACCUGUGUGGCAACAAACCUGGCUGUACCAAUGGGCAAACGGGCCACCAUCACCCUCAACGUACACCACCCGCCGGUGGUGACGUUAUCCAUCGAGCCUCGCUCCGUACUGGAAGGAGAGAGAGUGACCUUCACCUGCCAAGCUACUGCCAACCCACCUAUUAUGGGUUAUAAGUGGGCAAAGGGUGGUGUGGUCAUACAGGGGGCGAGAGAGAGUGUUUUUGUCACCAAGGCUGAUCACUCUUUCUUUACUGAGCCUGUGUCCUGCCAAGUGUUCAAUGCUGUAGGCAGCACAAACGUCAGUAUACUCGUCGAUGUCCACUUUGGCCCUAUUCUGGUCGUAGAGCCUAAACCAGUAACAGUGGAUGUCGACUCAGACGUCACUUUAAAUUGCAAGUGGGCAGGAAAUCCUCCACUCACACUCACCUGGACAAAAAAGGGUUCGAGCAUGGUUUUGAGUAAUAAUAACCAGCUGUAUCUGAAGUCAGUAAGUCAGGCCGAUGCUGGUCAGUAUGUGUGUAAGGCCAUCGUGCCGAGGAUCGGAGUGGGCGAAACAGAGGUCACACUCACUGUCAACGGUCCACCCAUUAUCUCUAGUGAACCGGUUCAGUAUGCAGUUCGAGGGGAGAGAGGAGAAGUCAAGUGUUACAUCGCCAGCACACCUCCACCUGACAAGAUUGUGUGGGCCUGGAAGGAGAAUGUGUGGGAGAAAGAAAAGGGGACCCUGUCAGAAAGAUACACCGUAGAGCAGAGCAAACCGAGCACUCAGGGUGGCGCAGUUCUGUCCACACUCACCAUCAACAACAUCAUGGAGUCCGACUUCCAGUCCACCUACAACUGCACUGCAUGGAACUCAUUCGGAUCCGGCACCAUGAUUAUCUUACUGGAAGAGAUGGAAAUAGUGCCGGUUGGGAUCAUUGCAGGUGGAACCGUCGGCUGUUCGAUUCUGCUUCUCCUUUGCUUAUUGGCUUUAGUGCUGUUUUUGUACCGACAACGUAAAGGAAGUCGUCGCGGGGUCACGCUCGGCAAGCCAGAUAUCAAAGUCGAGACGAUAAACAAAGAGAGCCACAGCCUGGAGGAAGAUUCAGGCAGCGUCUCCACAGCCACGCGCAUGGUGAAGGCCAUGUACUCGCCUUUUAAAGAUGACAUUGACCUCAAACAGGAGUUACGCAGUGACACACUGGACACGCGCCAGGACUAUGAGCUCAAGGACCCAACCAAUGGCUACUACAACGUGCGAGCUUCCACCCAUGACGAGGGACGUCCUGCUUCCCGAUCAAUGCACUACUCAGACUACCGCACCUCUGGUCAGCCAGGGGCCGCUGCGGCGGUGGUCAGCAGCAGCUCCGGGCCUCCUCCUGGGGCCACAGCAGGACCGGGAACACCAAGCAGCCUGGCUCCGGGUUCACGAGCAGGCUGCUACGACCCCCGGCCUCCCUCGAGACUCUCACACAACAGCUACGCCCAGUUCAACACGUUCACCCGUGCAGGACAGUCCCAGCAGCCUCCGCCCGGCUCCGGCCCACAGACUAGCGACUUCCCUGCUGAAUGCAGCCUGUUGGACUCUUCCGGUCAGCUCGGCUAUGAAAAUUACGGCUAUCCCUCACACUAUCCCACAUUUCGGAUGGGAUUUGCUCCCCCCAGCCUCGCCCCAUUGGAAGGAGGGCCAGCAUAUGAGAUGUACGGCGUGGGGCCAAGCGUCGGAGCCGGAGGAGGAGCGGGGACCCCAGAAACUGGACUUGGGAAAUACGGCAGUUCCACGCGGUUCUCCUACACUUCCCAGCAUUCCGAUUACUCCCACCGUCACACACAGAGGAUGCAGACACAUGUUUAAAAGAGAAGCGGCAUGUUUACGUAACAUAGGUUGCGCUGUUAUGCCCAUAUCGGCCAUAUAAGUACACACACUCACACAGAUACACGGGGUGAAGAUGAGGAACGAACAGACAAACAGAAGCUCAGAGUGAAAAAAGGGCCGAGAUUGGGGAACGGGAUGCAGGGCAGGAGCGUCUAAGCAUUUAUUUCUCAGCUGCAUGAGCUGAAAGCGAAAGUCACAAUCAAGGAAGACUGGGGUCUAAAACAGAUCUAAGAUCUUGAUAGCGUUCAGUGAAUUCUGAAGGCUUUGAAUGAGCUGGAGUAUAAAGGCAAUUCCUGAGAAAUGAAGGGUCUCUGACUGAGAUGGACGUAUGAGAUUCAUGUUUGAAUUCUCUUCAAUGGCUUCUUCAUCUCUCUCCUUACACUUAAUGUAGUUCAAAAUGACAUACAUUGCACAAUUUACAAUGGGUUCCAAAAGUCUGAGACCCUCAAAAGUCUUUUUUAUUUAUUUAAUUUUUAAAUUUACUGACAAAUCCCAGCAAGCAUUUUUAUUUUUAAAAGAUGUCUAAUGGAUAUCUAAACAUGUCAUCUUGGCUAAAACAAGGCUAAAUUUGGGCUGUCAGUGAAAAUCUAAUAGACAUCUAAGAAUAGGCCAAAACUAGACAUAAACAGAAAUGAAUGACUACACAUAUAAAGUCUGUCUAUUUGAUGAUCAGCUUAGUUUUGGGCUAUUCUUAGAUGUCUAUUAGAUUUUCACUGACAAACAAAGUUUAGCCAUGUUUUAGACAAGCUGUCUACCCUGCAAGCACAGGAUGUCAACAUGACAUCAUACUGAUGUUGUACCACAACAUACCCCAACGUUGUGGGGAUGUUGGAUUUUGUUUGGAAAUGAAAAUCGGGUUGACGUCAGAACCUGAUGUCAGGCCGUUGUCAAUGUCCAACGUAAAAUCAACCACAUAUCAACGUCUAAUCAUGUUACACCUUGACGUUGUGUGGACGUUACCACUAUGACGUCUAUCAGAUGUUGGAUUUUCGUCACUUUCCAACACAACCUAAAAUACAUCAAAUAUCAACGCAAUUUGAUGUCGUUAUUCGACGGUUCUAUACUUUUUGUAGGUCACUUAUUAAUUGCGAAUUUUGAUCAUGUAAACUUUUGAAAUUUCUUCCAAUCAUGAUGAAUACCGUGGAUCAUGGCUUCAGAGUUCCAUAUGAUUGAUUUCGGUGUAUUGCCAUAUUAAAAUAUGGUAGAUUUUUUUUCCAUAUUUGAAUUCAUAACUGCAGUGGUUCUGAACCAGUAGGUCUCAACAAACUCCCAAGGGCUUCAAUAUGUCUUCCUUGUUUAAAACUAAACAAAACAACAUUAAAAACAACUAAAUCCAAGAUAUUUCAUAAUAAUUGACCCCUUCAACAUCAACAACAACUUCUUUUGUGAAGUACCAGGGUAGCCUAAUUUUACACAAUUUCAUGUAAAUAAAUAGAAUCUCCAUAAAUUACUGAAUCAAUUACUUAGUUAUUUUUAUAAGUAGUAUAUAAUUUUCUAAUUAUAUUUUAUCAGUAGGAAUUGUGAGUAAAACAUAUUUUUUUAUAUUCCUACCCAGGAAUUCACAAAAAUGAACUGAAUUAUUGAUGUGAAAAUGUUGGAAUGGGGGCUAGAGUUAGAAUAUUUUACCACUGCAUUAAACUAAUACUGCACCAUUAUUAGUUGGUGAAAGCAGCAUUAAGUAUUAAGUCUUGAAUCUGAACACUCAGAUUAUAAAAUAGACAAUUAUCAAUCUACACUCCGAGAAAUACAUUUGUAAAUGAACAGAAAACCUACUGAAUGCUUGUUAUUCAACUAGUUUUCCUGUUGUUUACAUGAUCAGCCCAGACAAGAUCGUUUCAGACAAAUACAAAUGUCUUUUUUUAUUGCUGUAGUAUUACAUUUUCAUAAUCAAAGUUGUAAAGCAGAUAUCAAGGUCCAAUAAUGCAUUUCAAAAGCAUAACUAAAUUGAAAAACACAAUUCUACAGGCUAUUUCUGUUAAACGAAACAGUCAAAGACCUUUUAAUUAACAUUUUUUUAGUGUAUACGUUAGAAAAAAAGACUUUCAGACCCCACUGUAGACAAAAAUGUGACAAAAUAUCAAACAUUUUGAGUAUUAUUUUUCCAUUUAUUCUCAUAUAAAAGUCUACAUUGGACAAAAGAGCACACAAUACUCAUAUUCAAUCACCAAAGUGGCAGAUAAAUGAUUUUUAUUACUUCGUAUGUAAAUCAGCAUCUACCUAGCUAUCCCGUUUGCUGAGCUACCUCAAUAAACAGGUUAUUAGCCUUCAGCGCAACUCCAAUCACCUUUUCAGGGCAGAAACGUCCGACUUCAUUGAAAAAGCACUUUUAAACAUUUGCAAUAAAACUCAUCACCCUUUAAAUGAAAGGAGAGCAGUUGAUGAAGCCAUUGAAAAGUUUUCAGACAUGGCCAGAGACAGCCAUUUAGUUCACUAUCGUGCAAAUAAUUCAGAACCAUGGAAUAUAUAUAUAUAUAUAUAAAUAUAUGAAUCUAUAUACAUAUUCAUAUACAGGAAUGCCCCACUCUUUUCCAUGGUGCUUUUGUAGUGGGGUCAUUGUUUGCACUGCAUUCCAGUAUUCUAGCUUAGAUUACCCUCAUAAUCGAUAUGUAAUCUCUCAUUUGCACACUAGGCUAGAGCGUUCUCUUUCUAUGUUUUGAAUAUUACCGAAAAUCUUCUUUUUUUUUGUCAUAUUUCUGUAAGUGAUUCUGGACCAAAGGUUCAACGUUAGAGUAUCAGUCUUUAUUUGGGUGAUAUUCACCUCAAUGAACAAAAUAUGCAGAUUUGUUUAUCGUUGUUUGCGAAUUUUUGCGAAGUUUUUUUUCUUGUUUCUGAGGGUUGGGAACAGCAGAGAAGGUCUCAAACUGAUCCAGCCUUAGGUAUCCAAACUCACCCUUACUGAUCUAAGAUCAGGCUGCUAUCACAUUCGUCUUAAAGAUUUCAGAGAUCAAAUUGGAACUCAUUUAAAGGGAUAGCUCAUCCAAAAAUGAACAUUUUCUGUUUAUUUAUUCACCCACUGGUCUUUCAAGAUGGAGGUGACUUUUUUCAUCUGUAGCAUUUUAUCUGAAUCUGUGCUUCUUGGUGAUUCAAAUGCAAGUCAACAUCUACUGGCACUUUGAGAGUCAAAAAUAUCUAUACAGGCAAUACAAAAUUAAUACCCACAGUUUCUGCUGACACAUUGCCGCAUUUCCACUGUCGGGCCAGUGCAAGCCAGAGCUUUCAUUUGGUCGGGCCGGGCCGGGCGGGGCCAGUAGCCUGGGAACCUGAGGAAAGAGGCUGAAAUCACAUUGCUUUUCCACUGUCUGCCAAAUAGCUCGCUGUGUGUCACAAAAAAAACCCGCACUAAUAAUGCCCCCCGUAUCAAACGUCACACAACCCGCCCAGUUCAGCAGGAAGAAAAAACUCAAAUUAGAAGCACAAGCACAACUUCGCAUCACCACAACAGCUGCAAUGUCUUAAAGGAAUAGUUCACCCAAAAAUUUUAAUCUCAUCAUUUACUCACCUAUUUGAGUUCAUUUCUUCUGUUGAACACGAGGACAUAUUUUGAAAAAUGCUGGUACUGUAGCUGGAACCCACUGACUUCCAUAAUAUAUAUAUUAUAUCCUACUAUGGAAGUCAAUGCAUGCCAGCCACCAGGAUUCUUCAAAAUGUCUAUGUUUGUGUUCACAUGAGGGAGCGUAAAUGAUAAGGUCAUUUUUAUUUUGGGUGAACUCUUUAAGAAGUGAAACAUUAAAACCUCUGAGUAGAUGCUGUUUGUUUAGUAAUGCACGAUUAUGUUGUGUAGGGCCCUAUAAUUUUCUCAAAAUGGAAAACUCCAGUCAAAAAAUGUAGAAUCCAGUCAAAAAAUAAUUUGCCAAAUUUUGCAGGAAUAUUUAAGAAGUGUUGCACAGGCCCUCAACUCUAUAUCAAAAAUAACCCAGCAGGCACCUUGAUGUUAAAAUUAUAUGAAAUUGACAUCAAGCAUGAUGUCAAAAAAUGCUAAUCGAUUUGAUGUCAAAACCUUGACAUCUAUUUGACAUCCACACAUUGAUACCCUUUUGACCACCCAAAAAACGAAGCAAAAAGUUUUUAUAAGACAAGUUUUAUUCAUCUGAAAACUUUAAUUCCAAAUUUACACUGGACUUUAUAUGCCUAAAAUGCAUGUACAGAAGGCUACCUUGAUGUUAAGUAGAAAUGUAAGGUAGUCAAUUGACAUCAAAUCGAUUUUCAUUGUGAAUGUGUUUUUUGACAUGUUUUAGAUGUCAUUUUGACAUCAAGGUGGCUGCUGGGAAUAUUAUGCUCCAAUGUGCAAUCUCAAUGGAAAACAUUGGCUUCACGGAUUCCCAAAACAAUAUACAUCAUUAUGUAUCAGGAAGUCUUCACUCCAGACUGCUUCUUAACAUCUUUUUAAUCUUGUAUAUGUUUUUAUUUUAUUCUAAAAGUGUCAACAGACACUGACUUGCAUUAUAUGAAUCACUAAACACUGAUUUUUUUUCUUCAGCAUCAAGCGUACUCGUAUGGUUUGGCGCUGCUUUCGCGUGGUUGCAUAGCCCUCACAGUGGCUGGCGCUGACCUCUCAAAAAAUGUAACCACGUCGCAACGAUGCAUAGUACAAGCUCUGUGAUUGGUCGGCUUGGUAGCUAUGACCAGUGUGGGCGGGAAUGAGAGUGUGUUUACAAGUGUUGAGUCCUGUGAAGGAGCUCCAGAUGGAAACUGUUGUUUUGUGUUUACCUCAUGAUUAAAGUUGUUGCACAUUCGUCGAUUCCCGCCUCUGAUUGAGCGAGUUUUAGCUACUUGUACACUAAAGUAGUAAUCUGAAAAAACAAAACACCCACAACGAAUCCCGACACAGAGGAACAUAAAAACCUACUGCCAGCUAGCAUUUCGGAAGUGUUAUUGCAGAGCAACACAAACAGCACGCAGAAGUAUAAAUGCACGACUAGCUCAAGGCAGGCGCCGUGGGUCACGCCGAUCACUCGAUGCAGAAGUUUAAACCAGCCUUAUAGACCACAGUUUCAGCUAAAGGCUGGUUUAUACUUCUGCGUCAAGUGAUCAGCAUAACCCACGGCGCCUGCCUUGAGCUAGUUGUGCAUUUAUACUUCUGCUUGCGUCACUCUGCAAUAACACUUCCGAAACGCUAGCUGGCAGUAGGUUUUUAUGUUCCUCUGUGUCGAGUUUCUUCGGGGGAGUUUUGCUUUUUCUGAACGCUUCAAGUACCUAAAAAUCAUAAGGUAAACACAAAACAAAAGUUUCCAUCUGGAGCUCCUCUACGACUGCUUAUGCAACCGCACGAAGGCUGUGCUGGAGCAUACACGUGUGCUUGGCACUCUUAAAACUCUUCUAUAAUGUUCUACUGAAGAAAAAGGUCACCUACAUCUUUACUGUCCUAUGGGUGAGUAAAUCAAAACUCGAAUUUUAGAUGAGCUAUUUCUUUAAAGUCUGAAGUGGUUUUAUAAACAUCUCGAAGACACUAUUACGGACUUUGAUGUGAAGUUGGAGAUCGGAGAGUCUUUCACUCACUUAUUUACACAGACACACACCUGAUAUUUGUGCCAAACACAGACGACUAACUUGAGGUAUUUUCCGCCAAUUACGAAAAAAACUACCUUAUGGAGACCAGAAACGGUCUUUGGCUUUGAGACAAAAAAAGCAAACAAACUGUCUUCAACGGGUUUUGAAGGAUGGUGUUAUCAAAGCAAUGAGAAACGUGAGGAUGAAGACAAUCCCUCGGAACAGCGAGACACUCGUUUUGGUCUUCGUCCACAUUUCCAACGAGCCCUGUAAAUACUUUCCCAUGUGUAAUUCCAACUUCAAGUAUUAUUUUACAUCAUCCAAUGUGAUACACUCUUUAAAUGCAGUAUUGUUCUGUUUUUCAAUUGCGUGAAGAAGGUAAGCGAUGGUACAGUACUUACGAAGAGUACGAGCUGGUACGAUGCUAUUAAAAGCGUUCGGGGAAAACACCUUGAUGACCUACUUGAGCUGCCAAUCACUCAUCCUUUAUCUGGAUGGCGGGGGACCAUUUUUGUUGGACAGUAUUUGCAUUCCCCUUUUGCCGUCUACGAACUUGAAGCUCCACGAAGUCAAGAAGAAGGAACAUAUGAAGGAGUGAACAAAAAUAAAGAGUGGCCUUAGGAAAACAUGACUUUUAUAUUCCCUCACUUUAUAAAGCGGCUUAAGGCCAGAGGAGUGUGUGCAGACGACAGUAUGCGUGCGUUUUUUUGUGUGUGCGACUGAGCGCGAGUGUGAGGAUAUGAAAAUCUUUAUGUAAUCCGUUCAUUUAUUUCUCUCACUUUCCUGCUCCAAUACUUUUUUCUUCAGCUGGUAGGAGUGUAUCCUGUAUAAUUGUGUCUUAGAAGAUAAACGUUGACCUUACUGUACUGUUUCUUGGUAGCUGAAAAAAACAAUGUUUGACAGAUGUACAACAAAAACAGUUCUUGACUUUUUUUUUAUUUCCCAUUGAUUUUUUUUCCCAAUAUUUUUUAAAAAUGUUACGUAAUUAUUUUUUCACAGUAUAUCAGAAAUAAAAGCACUGUUUUUCUAAGAA